ACAAAGCAUAGAGAGCCUCAAUGGCGUCAAAGAAGGAAAAUGGAAAGUUCCCGCGUGAAUUUCUAGGGGUUUCGCUUCCAGAGGAGUCAAGUAAGUACUAUUUCGUCGUCGUCAGGUCGAAGAGGAUCGUCGUGGAGGCAGAUUCGUCGAUUCAAAUGAUCAUGGAGAACCUUGAGUCUUACAAAUGCAAGCUCUCGUUUUACUUUGAAGGGUUUCAGUAUCAACUUGGUGAUUUUCGAGUGAGAGUUGGUAAAGUUGUUCCUGCUCAUGCCGAGACCGUCCGAGGCAUAGUCAUGGAGGUGGAGUAUCUUCCUAUAUCAUCAAUAGAAAUGGCAAGAAAAGUGAUGGAGGAGUUCUUGGAGAUAUUGCAAGAAGCUAUGUCGAAAAGGUUGUUGCCGGAUUAUUGUGAUGGAUUUAGAGGUUCCGUUGUUCAGGUUAUUGUGAUGGAAGCUGUGAACGAAGCUGUGAGGAAGAUUAAGUCCUUAGUCAUUCCACAUCCAGAUGAGAAAACUAAUGGUAUUGCUUUGUUCGAGGUAACCGGGUCUUGUACUUUGGGACGUCAAAACAUCGAGGGCCUUAAUUGUUCUCUCAUGAGUGCUGUGACCACUAGCAACAUCUUCAAUCCUAAGCUGGAUGAUCUUUUGUCUAAGCUUGAGUAUGUACGGCGUCUAGACGGUGAUAAAAAUCCUAGAAACCGUACCUUCAAAACGAGCUUCUUCAACAGCAGAAAACUUAGCCCUGUGUUCACUGGGGGACCAGGCUUUGAGGAAGUAGUGCCUCCAAUGUUUGUGGCUCGAGAUUGUCUUAAAGCUACUCUAACUGAGAACUUAACCCGUCAGCGAGAAUUCACAUAUGGAGUUAUGUUGGAAGAGAUAAUAACCCAAGAUGAAAACAGGAAAGUCUCUGUAAAUGGGCUGUCGUUAUCGCCUAGCGGUGGAAUGAGUGUUAAUGGACCUCCAACAACUCUAAGUGGUACUGGUAUUGACCGCAUAGCCUCUCUACAAGCCAACAUAACCCGAGACAACACCAAGCUUGUGAAUGGGGCUAUUGUUGGAGAGAGGAAUGUCUUUCAGGUGGAUCAAGGCUUGGGUAUAGGAAGCAAUUUCCCGCUCUUCAACCGCCACCAACUAACACUUACACGAUUCAUUCAGCUGAAGCAAGUAGAAGAAGGAUCCGGUAAUCCAAAACCACCAGUUCUAGUCCUCCACGGUCAUUACGGUGGCUGCAUAGGCGAUCUUCCAAACUAUGAUGCUUUUUCUCUUGGUGGACCUAACUCUGUUCGAGGCUACAGCAUGGGAGAACUCGGUGCAGCUAAACACAUUCUCGAGCUUGGUGCUGAGAUUAGAAUCCCUGUGAAGAACACACAUGUGUAUGCCUUUGCUGAGCAUGGAAACGAUUUGGGAAGUUCAAAGGAUGUGAAAGGGAAUCCAACAGCGGUUUACCGGAAAAUGGGACAUGGUUCAUCGUACGGUUUGGGUGUGAAACUCGGUAAGGUGCGAGCUGAAUAUACUGUACGUCACAAUCGUGGAACCGGUGCUCUGUUUCUCAGGUUCGGAGAGAGAUACUAAGGUGAUGCCCUGAAGACUUUGUGCUCCU